AUGUCUAAAUUAAGUGUAGAGGAUUUUCACGAGGUUCAACCAUCUCAACUGUCUUUAUUCGAACUUCCAGGCCAUCAAACCGCUAUACAAUCUAUUCAGUAUGAACAAGUACGACCGAGUGAACAUUUCACACACAAUUCACCCAUUCAAUUUAAUAUCCCCAGUGGUGGGAUGCAAUAUUUAGAUCUCAAAAGAAGUACAAUGUCUUUGAAAGUACGACUAGUUAAUGCUGAUGGUAGUUACAUUGGUGAGGAUCCAGUUGGACCUGUGAAUCUCACUCUACAUGCUCUCUUUUCUCAGGUGGAUGUUACCAUUCAAAACAAGAUAGUAACAUCAACUACAGGAAAUUAUCCAUACAAAGCUAUGAUACAAACACUAUUGAAAUACGGUACCGAUGCGAAGAAAUCUCCACUCUCUGCACAGAUGUGGAUAUCUGAUACUCCCGAACAUUUGGAUGAUGUAAAUGUGAACACGGGUGGUAAUGCUGGACUUUGGGCAAGAACGCAGUUUUUCAAAAAUAGCAAAAUAGUAGAUCUUCAAGGGAGUAUUCACCAUCCUUUGUUUUCAAUGGAUAGAUAUUUGUUGAACUCUGUAAAUUUAACAGUGAAAUUUUAUAGAUCUAAACCUCAAUUUUAUUUGAUAUCAUCUGAUGAAGAAAACGCUGACUAUCGCAUUCAAAUAGAAGACAUGUAUCUAAACAUUUGUAAACUUAACCUCAACCCUGGAAUACUAUAUGGACAUGCUGAGAUUCUAAAAUCAAAAACUGCAAAAUAUAUUCUCACAAAUACUGAUCUUAAAACAAUGGCAAUCCCACAGGGGCAGAUGGCGUUUACUUGGGAUAACGUUUUUCAAGGUAUUCUUCCUACCGUAGUAAUAAUUGGAUUUGUUGCUAGUGAAGCGAUGACGGGGAGUUACAAAUUAUCACCUUGGAAUUUUAAACAUUACAACCUCAACCAAAUAGCGUUGAUGAUCACUAACCAACCUAUCAAUGGAAACCCAUUGAAAGUGAGCUAUGAUCAAAUAAGUGGAAUCACAUCUAUCCCUGCGUUUUGCAAUUUGUUUGAGGUGACCGGAAAGUGGUCUCAACAAGAAGGAAAUGGUUUGAAUCGAGCAUCAAUGAAUGGUGGUUUCAAUCUUUAUGCAUUUAGCAUUGAUCCACAGUUUGAAGGAUUGGACUAUCUCAACCUUAUAAAAAAGGCAACGCCCGUAUAG